UAAACAAAAAGAAUGAACCACACAACAUUAAUAAACCUUACAAAACUGGGAUGUGCAAAAGGAGACAUAUGUAAUUGCAGAACUGACAAAACUAAAUUACGGCGACGUAUCUCAUAACUAUGGCUGUUUCUGUUGUGAGACUGACUGGAAAAGGACACCAGAGAACUUCCUGGAAGUGAUGGUAUAAAACCCGCACCAGGGCAGGAAUACACAUACUUAGCCUCUGCUGUGUGCCAGAUGCCAUUCUGGGUGCUGGGGCUUUCUCAAGGGGCAAAACCGACAACAAAACUCGUCACCCUCUGAUUCACGACCCCGGACCUGCGGUACCGCAACAUGCAGGCCUGAGGGAAGAGAAACCUCCAUAGGCUCCCCGUUCUCGUCUCAGCUAUUUCCGCCCAAACUGCGGUACCCAUUCAGCCUUUCUUGGCCCGAUCGCCCUCAGCACGGAUUUCCGAUUCCUUCCUGGUCCUCCUACGCCAGGUUUCAGAUUAUUUCCUUUCUCCUCAACGCUCUGGGAUUGGGGAUUCCGCUUCUCUCCUGGUCCUCCCGGACACUGGCUUCUUCCAUCAUCCUCUUCGCCCCGCCUCCGGCUGGGUUCCGCUUCCCUUUUCCUCAUUUCCCCAACCAGGUUUCCAGUUACUUCCUCGGCUGGGGCUCUGGUUCAACCCAGGACCCCACCUCGCUCUCAAAGAAUCAGCCGGCUCUUCGGCGUCUGAGGGGCCGCCGGUGGCAACCGUCCUCCGCCCAGGAGAACCGGCCCGCGCACCCUGUAACUCCCAGGACUCUCCCGGGGGUGGCGCGGACUUUGCGACCGUUGCCCUCCCGGUUGCGCUCGAAAACCGGGACAUUUUCAGUGUUGGACUACGUUUCCCACAGGCCCCAGGGACACGAAUGAACUUCGACUUUUGGUUCCCCUUCCGGUAUCGUCGUGGUUAUUUAUUGGAGUACGCCUGUUCUGCAAGAGAAGCCCCCUGAAGUGGAGGAAAGCGCUGCCACUUAAAAGCCUGUUCAAGUUUUGACAGAGGAACAUGUCAACAGAGUUCCUCACACUGUCAUGGCAGAAAUGGAAUUCCCGGACCAAUUCUUCACAGUUCUAAGCAUGGACCAUGAGUUGGUGACAUUCAGGGAUGUGGUCAUCACCUUCUCUCCAGAGGAAUGGGAGUAUCUGGAUUCAGCUCAGAGGAACUUGUAUUGGGAUGUGAUGAUGGAGAACUAUAGCAACUUGGUCUCACUGGAUUUGGAGUCCAACUAUGACCCAAAGUGUUCGUCUACUAGAAAGGACAUCACUGAAAACAGUGGGUCUCAGUGCAAAGUAACAGAAAGCAAAUUCAUUGGUCUCGAGAGCUCCAUUUUCAGAAAUGACGGGCAAAGCAAAGGCAAGUCUGAAGUACAAGGACCUGAAGUGGGAUAUUUCAGUCCAAUGAAAAUCAACUCUGAAAAAGUACCCGAUUACAAACAUCCUAAGUCUCUUAUAUCACAUCAGACAACUCAUGAUAGCAAAAACCCCCAUGCAUAUAAGGAAUAUGGGAAGGUCCUUAGCUGUGACUUAAAUUUUGAUGACUAUGAGAGAAUACAUACCGGUGAGAAAACAUAUCAUCAAUAUAAUGCAUAUUGGAAGACCUUUGGCGAUGACCCACAUACCCUACAACUAAAAAUACAUAGUGGUGUGAAACCUUGUAAAUAUAUGGGAUCUGAGAAUGCAUUUAGUUUUUAUGAAGACCUUAGUAUACAGAAAAUGCAUGAUGACCAGAAGUGCUAUAAAUGUAAGAAAUAUGACAGGACCAUUAGAAGAGUUGAAGAAAUACCUCCACUUCAAGUAAUUCAUGAUGCUGAGAAACCCUAUGAAUGCACUUUCUGUGGUAAAUCCUUUAGGGUGCAUACGCAACUUACUCGACACCAGAAAAUCCAUACUGAUGAGAAACCUUACAAAUGUAUGGAAUGUGGCAAGGACUUUAGGUUCCAUUCACAGCUCACUGAACAUCAGAGAAUUCAUACUGGUGAGAAACCAUACAAAUGUAUACAAUGUGAGAAAGUCUUUAGAAUUAGUUCACAGCUUAUUGAACAUCAGAGAAUUCAUACAGGUGAGAAGCCUUAUGCAUGUAAAGAAUGUGGGAAGACCUUUGGAGUCUGUAGAGAACUUGCUCGACAUCAGAGAAUUCAUACCGGAAAGAAACCCUAUGAAUGCAAGGCAUGUGGAAAGGUCUUUAGAAACAGUUCAUCGCUGACUAGACAUCAGAGAAUUCAUACUGGUGAGAAACCCUAUAAAUGCAAGGAAUGUGGGAAAGCUUUUGGAGUAGGCAGUGAACUUACUCGACAUCAGAGAAUUCACAGUGGUCAGAAACCUUAUGAAUGUAAAGAGUGUGGCAAGUUCUUUAGACUUACUUCAGCACUUAUUCAACAUCAGAGGAUUCACAGUGGUGAAAAACCUUACGAAUGUAAGGUGUGUGGGAAGGCUUUCAGACAUAGUUCAGCCCUUACUGAGCAUCAGAGAAUUCAUACUGGAGAGAAACCUUAUGAAUGCAAGGCCUGUGGGAAGGCCUUUAGACACAGUUCCUCCUUUACAAAACAUCAGAGAAUUCAUACUGUUAAGAAACCAUAUGAAUGUAAGGAAUGCGGGAGUGCCUUUAGUCCUGAAGCAGAUCUCCUUCAGCAUGAUCAGAUUCAUAGUAGAGAGAAACCUCAUGAAUGCAAUGAAUGUGGAAAAACCUUUAGCCUGAAGCAAAACCUCAUAGAGCAUAAGAAAAUGCAUACUGGAGAAAAAUCACAUGAAUGUACUGAAUGUGGUAAAGUAUUCUCUCGAGUCUCAUCCCUUACUCUACAUUUGAGAAGUCAUACAGGAAAGAAACCAUAUAAAUGUAAUAAAUGUGGAAAAGCCUUCAGCCGGAAAAGAAACUUCCUUUCUCACCAGAAACAUCAUACCGGAGAGAAACUUUACGAAUGUGGGAAAGCUUCUAUUCAGAUGCCAGGUCUCAUUAAACAUCAGAGAAAUAAUACUGGAAACAAACCCUAUGCAUGUAAGGAAUGUGGAAAAGCCUUCAGUGGCAAAUCAUAUCUCACUGAGCAUGAGAAAAUUCAUACGGGAGAGAAACCAUUUGAAUGUAAUCAAUGUGGAAGAGCCUUCAGCCAGAAGCAAUACCUCAUUAAACAUCAGAAUAUCCACAGUGGAAAGAAACCCUUUAAAUGUAAUGAAUGUGGAAAAGCCUUUAGCCAGAAGGAAAACCUCAUCAUCCAUCAAAGAAUACAUACUGGAGAGAAACCAUAUGAAUGCAAAGGUUGUGGGAAAGCUUUCAUUCAGAAGUCUAGCCUCAUUAGACACCAGAGAAGUCAUACAGGAGAGAAACCCUAUAUAUGUAAAGAAUGUGGGAAAGCCUUCAGUGGCAAAUCAAAUCUCACUGAGCAUGAGAAAAUUCAUAUUGGAGAGAAACCCUAUAAAUGUAAUGAAUGUGGAACAAUCUUUAGGCAGAAGCAAUACCUCAUUAAACAUCACAAUAUUCAUACAGGAGAGAAACCUUAUGAAUGUAAUAAAUGUGGAAAAGCCUUCUCUCGAAUCACAUCACUCAUUGUACAUGUGAGAAUUCAUACGGGUGAUAAACCUUAUGAAUGUAAAAUAUGUGGGAAAGCCUUCUGUCAAAGCUCAUCUCUUACUGUUCAUAUGAGAAGCCAUACAGGUGAGAAGCCCUAUGGUUGCAAUGAAUGUGGGAAAGCCUUCUCUCAGUUCUCAACUCUUGCUCUGCAUAUGAGAAUCCAUACUGGAGAAAAACCUUAUCAAUGUAGUGAAUGUGGGAAAGCUUUUAGCCAGAAGUCACAUCAUAUUAGACACCAGAGAAUUCAUGCUCACUAAAAGCUCUAUGAAUGCCUUGAAUUUAGGAAAACUUUCAUCAGAACUCACACUUUAAUGGUAUACUGAAAAUUCAUUUUACAGUAGAGCGACAUGAAUGUGGAAAAUACUUCAACAACUCAAAAUUUAAAUACUAACAAUUUUAAUAAGUAUCGUAGUAUCAUGAAAACCUCUAUUCCCAGAACUCCCACAACAGACACUGUUAAUGAUGUACUUUUAGGAGCAAUCUCAUUAAGUAAGGAUCCAGUCAUGAGCACUAAGCAACAUGGUUCUGGAAGGCCUCCCUGAUGCAUUAAGAGGUAUAAAGAUUUGACAUUGAGAGACAAAAUUGUCAUUUUAAAAGUGUUUCACUACAUAUGUAAUCAGAAUUAUUUGUUCUUGAUUCAUUUGUAGAAAUCAGAGAUUGGGACAGAAUAUUGUAUUCAGAAACAUGCAUGCGUUUAUAGGGAAUUGUUUAUUAAUAGAGGUGGUUUCAAGGUUGGUAGGAAAAUGAAAUCAUGGAUGAUUCAAAAAAUGGUCUCAGGGUAACUGACUCUUCAUGUGGAAAAAUAAUAGAUCUCUGCUGUAGUAAUACAUUAAAAUAUUUAUUAUGAAAUCCAAAAGUAUUGAAGACUAAAAUGCAAAAAGCAAAACUUCGUAAUAUAAGAAUUUUAUAGGAGAAUGUUUUAAAACCUUUGUGGAGUAGGAGGGAAUUUCUAAAAUAGAUUCCAGGAUACUCUCAAGUAUACAUGCAUAUCCGCAAGAAACCGAUACAUGUGUCUAGGGAGUCGUGUAUAUUUAUGUUAAAGCAUGAAUUACAUUAGCAAAAAAACUGGAAACAAAUGUCUGUUGCUUGUGAAAUGGAUAAAUAAAAUGUGUUAUAGGCACAUAGUAGAAUAUUCUCUAGUAGUUAAGUAUAACAGGUGAUAUAUAUUUAAAUAUAUUAACAGAGAAAGACCUGAAAAGUCAUGUAGAGUAAAAACAACAAAGGGAUAAAUAUAAUCAUAACUGUGAAUUUGAAUUAAGUCAACACUAGCAAACACUAGUAUUAAUAAGCAAUGAUUAUGGAUAAACAUUUUUAUGUAAAACUGAAGAAUAGAUUGGAAAGAUACACACUCAAAUUCCCAAAGGUGGUUGCCUCUAGAAAGAAUGGUAGUGGAAAAGAAACGGGACCAACCAUGGUAGUUAGAUACUUCAGUUUUGUAUCUAAACACCUAUCAUAGGGGUGCCUGGGUGGCUCAGUUGGUUAAAUACCUAUCAUUAAAAAGAUUCUAAGUAAAUAUAACAAAAUGUUAGUUACCUCUGGGUUGUGGUAAUAUGUGUGUUCUUUUCUUUGUGAUAUUUCUGAAAAUUAAAAAACAUAGAGGUAGGAAAGCUGUACAUGGAGUAUAUGUAAUAAUAGACUCCCAAUCCCAGAUAGACAUUAAUAUUUUAUAGGAAAUAUUUCUAGAAUCAUAUCUUUACUGUAAGUCAUUUCUUAAAAUUGGGAUGGUAGCUUAAUUUAAAUUUACUCUUGCAUGUGACAUCACUAAUCUGUGUGAUCUCUACUUAAAAUUAUAGCAUGAAUGUGCUACAGGUUGGUUGGGUUACACACAUUUAAGGAUCAUACCAUUUAAUAAUACAUGCACAGACCUGAUAUUAAGAAUUUAUUUCUACUGAAAAUAUUUAUCAGAAACUUUAAAAGUACACAUAACCAGUAUUGGCAUUGAGGAUUUGGUGUUUUAAAAUGAGGAAACCAAGUUACCCUUAAAUUUUUAAAUAUGCCACUAAGUAAAAUGUCAACUCUUGCAUUUCACCUUCAAUUUUAACCUCACUUUUUUUUCUAUUCUGCUAGAUAUACUCAACCAAUCCCCCAUUUGUUUCCUUGCAGAAAAUGGUGCUAAAAAAGGAGAUCUGAGACCUAAACAAUAUUCUUAUAUUUGAAGCAAAUCUUUUUGAGGGUUUUUGUUUACUUGGUCCCUUUCCACAACAACUUGACAUAUAAAAAGUUGUUAGUGCUCUUUUCAAAUAGUGAUAAAAGUGUGUAGCCAACAUUCAAAUCUUAGGCAUAUUUCAAAUAUAGCAGUUUCUUUUAAAUUCAAAAUAAUGAAAUGCUAAUAGAACCAUAGCACUACAUUGCUUAUUAGUGGUUUUGAUGGUUGGUCUUGAGAUAAGAUUAUAAAUGCCAGGGAACUGAUUUGUCUGGGGUAACAUACCCAAAUAACAUGUAUAUCUACAUGAAUCUAAAUUACCCUCUAUUUUCUUCCAUUCUUCAGUAAGCAUUUCUCUCAUAUUUCUUAAGUGUUUUUGAUUGCCUUUGAGCUUGUGCAGCUUUGAAGUCACCAGAGCAACUAAGAACUCUCAGUUCAGACCAAACUAGGAUUACCUUUUGGUGCCUGUAGUUAGCUAGUGCCAGGGUGGCAACAAUGAUUAGGAUCGUCACCUAGAGUAAAAUGAGUAAUAUCUAUGAUACUGUAUGUAUACUUUAAAUUUACUCUGACAUUCCCCUAUUGAUUCAACUUUUUGGUAGUUACUUGUCACCACAAACAACACUGGUAAAUACUCUCAAAAUCAGACUUAAAUUUCACAUGUUUUUAUUUCUGGGGGAUAGUUACAGGCAAGAGAUUGUUAGAUCAAAGGACAUAGGCUAUUUUUUUUAUUUUUAUAGAUGCUAUCAUUUUCAAAAACACAACUUUCCUUUAACCCUGCAACAGAUGGUAACAUACUACUUAAAUUCAUGUUUGAUGAAUGUAACCACUUGCUCCUAGAUUUGCUUCUUUGUAAAUUUUCAUAUUGUUAGCUCUUUAAUAGACAUUAGGAAUUGUCUAAUUUUUGUUAAAAAAUGAUUUUUCCAUAAAAAUACUCUAAAUUUCUCUGUAACCAGAUAUGUAUUAAUUUUUUCUAAGCUUAUGUUGGUUAAGAAGAUACUUUAAUCUCUAGAUUGUCUAUUUCUUAGGUUUUCUUGCAAGUUGUUUAUUGUUUGCUUUUUUCCAUAUGUAAAUAUUAAUCCAUUUAGAACUUCAUUUUUUAACGUCCUAUGAAAUGAGGAUUCCUUGUUAUUUUCUUCUGGAUGGGUUUCUAGUUAUACAAGCACCAUUUGUUAAAAUAACCCAUCUACUUAGCAGCCGGUCACACAGUUCUGACACCAACUUGUGGUGUCCACCAGCAGCAAUCACGGAUUUGAACCAGCAAUCAAAAAAAGAGAACAGGCUUUAACCCAGUUUAUCAUUAGCCUUGCCCUGACCAAAACAAACAAACAAACAAAAAACAGAACUGCCUUCACAAUACUGCAACUGGGCAAGCAAGCACAAGCUUCCAGGCCCUCUGAGUGGCUCAGGGGAGAAAAGGUCAGCAUGGGUGCGGUUCACCUAAGCGCUGGGAAACAUUAACAUUCUCAUCCAGGACAUCUUAUGAUAAACCACUACUGCAUCCGCGUGGUGUGCCCCCAUGCAGCACACCCAGUUGUAAGACCGAUACCCACUUGAGCACAGUGAAACUGAUGCCUUGGUUUCCCAAGACUUAUGAUGCCUUAGUCACAAGGCUUUCGAUGUCUACCUGCCAAUUCACAGUUCUCCCCACCCCCAACCAGGUACAGGAUACAAAUGAGGAAUCUACAGUAGCUAUUUUCAUCAAGGAAACUGGUAGAAAGUCAAAUCUAAGGUCAUCUUUCCAGAUAUGGGUCAGUGGGAGAGGCCUGUUCCUAAUUCCUCACCAACAGUGUCAUCCUUUUCUAUUCAGCUGAAACUCAGCUAUGUAAUCCUUUAACCACAUGAUUUUUUCCUCAUUCAACUGAAACUGCCUUGUACUUUCAUUUAUACCAAGACCUAUUUCUGUAUUCUCUUGUUUCACUAAUCUAUUUUUCUACUUCUGUACUAAUACCAUAUUAAUUGAUAAGUUGGUUUAACAUUAGCCUUACUGUAUUUUGAUACCGUGUAACAGACCAAGUCCUCCUUGCCGUUUUUCAUUGUUUUAUUGGCUAUUCUAAGUUUCUUCCUAUAUAACUGAAGACUGUUCUCAAAAUACAAAAACUCUUUGAUACUCUAGUUGGAACUGCAUUAAAUUUAUAUAUUUAUUUUGGGAGAAAUGACAUUUGGAUUUUAAGUCUUUCUGACCCAAAUCGUAGUGUGCCUUUGCAUUUGUUCAAACUGUAAUCAUGUCCUUCAGCAUGAGGGUCCUGAACAAAGGAAUUUGAAUGCCAUCCCUGCUUAAUAUUAUAUUUUAAAAACUUUGUUAGUUGCGUGAAUGAGGUAAGUCCCUAUUAUGGACUAAAUGUUUGUAGCCCCCUCAGAAUUCAUACUUUGAAGCCCUGAUCCCUAGUGUAUGGUAUCUGGAGAUGGGGCUAUAAAGGAAGUAAUUAGAUUUAGAUUAGGUCAUGAGGGUGGGACAUUCAUGAUGGGAACAGUACCCAUAUAUAGAAGUGGAAGAUAGAGAUUAUAAAAAGAGAUUUCUUUCUCCAUGCAUACACUGAGGAAAGGUCACGUGAGUGCAGCACAGUGAGAAAACAGCUGUCCACACCAGGAAUUGGACCUUCACCAGGAUUUGCCGGCACUUUGAUCUUGGGAUUUCCCAGCCUCUAGAACUGUAAGAAAUAAAUGUCUGUUGUUUAAACCA